GUCUGGCUUUUUGGUUAAAUUCUGAUGGCUGUGUCAUGUGUGAGCAUGCUUCCUGAUAAAUACAAUAGCCUUACACAUCAAGUGCUGUAACACAAAAUGCUGGGAACUGUUGGCCUAUAUAAAGAAAGAACAAAAACGACUGAAAGCAUUCAUGACAUAUACGAAAAAAGGUGUUGUAUUGGUCUCGUUUUGGGACAUGUGUCGUCUUAUUAAUUUCUAACGCCUGUGGAGUUUUUAUUCUGAGGCAAAUGCAUCAGUCUGCAUAAAUGAUGAACUUUUGUGCUGCAAUGCAGUUUGGCCAUUUCGGUUUCCGUCUACGCAGCUCAAACAAUAUUCUCCAAAAAUACACAAAGGCACGUCGACACACUGACGCUGUCAUCUGUGGUGCUGAACCGGACAGCGACACGCAGCACCGCGCGGUAUUGUUUUUGUGAUUUCACGUGAGCUGUUUGUGCGCGCGCCUGUCUGGGGGUGUGAGGCGCACAGUCUUUUCUCCGGGCCGUGAACGCCUCCGGCCAGACGCUCGCUUUCCGCACGCGCACGCGCACGACCAGGAUCGUCACCUGUCUCUCACUGCAUCAUCGCUCUUCCUCUCUCACACACGGAAACACUAACACACAUCGGGGGGGAGGCAGAAGGGGGCGCAGAGCGCAGCGCAGGGCGCCGGGGUCAUCGCAACCCGCUUCUAAGUUGACUGCCCGGGGGCAGAGCGACGGAGAGAGAACAUGUCUGGGACCGGUUACCAGGGGAAGAACAGCAUCCCCCAUCUGACGAGUGAAAGGCUGUUGAUCAAAGGAGGGCGGGUGGUCAAUGAUGACCAGUCUUUCUUUGCAGAUGUCUACAUUGAGGAUGGGCUCAUCAAGCAGGUGGGGGAGAAUCUCGUCGUACCUGGGGGUGUCAAGGUGAUCGAGGUUAAUGGCCACAUGGUGAUACCAGGGGGGAUAGAUGUGAACACCUGCCUGAUGAAGCCUUACCUGGGCACAAACCCUGUUGAUGAUUUCCUCCAGGGCACCAAGGCUGCACUUGCCGGGGGCACCACCAUGAUCAUUGACCAUGUGACCCCUCAGCCCGGGGACAGUCUGCUGGAUGCAUUCGAGUGCUGGCAGGAGGCUGCGGAUAAGAAGGCAUGUUGCGAUUACUCCCUGCACGUAGACAUCCCCCAGUGGAAUGAAACUGUUAAAGAUGAGUUGGAGCUCCUGGUGCAUGAGAAAGGUAUCAACUCCUUCCAAGUGUACAUGGCGUAUAAGGACGUGUACCAGAUGUCAGAUUCUGAGCUGUAUGAGGCUUUCUCCUUCCUGAAGCAGCUGGGUGCUGUGGUGUUAGUUCAUGCUGAAAAUGGAGACCUUAUUGCUCAGGAACAGAGAAAAAUCCUCGGAAUGGGGAUCACCGGACCUGAAGGCCAUCCUCUGAGCCGUCCUGAAGAGCUUGAGGCCGAGGCGGUGUUCCGUGCCAUCACUCUUGGCAACCGUGUGAACUGUCCUGUCUACAUCACCAAGGUGAUGAGCAAGAGUGCUGCCGACACUAUCACCCAGGCCCGUAGGAAAGGUUCUGUAGUUUUUGGGGAGCCAAUUACAGCUAGCCUGGCCACUGAUGGUUCUCACUAUUGGAGCAAGAACUGGGCCAAAGCGGCUGCUUAUGUGACCUCUCCACCUUUGAGUCCGGACCCCACAACCCCAGACCACCUCCACACGCUGCUGGCUUGUGGGGAUCUCCAGGUGGUAGGUAGCGCUCACUGCACGUACAGCACUUCCCAGAAAGCAAUUGGUAAAGAUGACUUCACCCUGAUCCCAGAGGGAACAAAUGGAGUGGAAGAGAGAAUGGGUUUCGUCUGGGACAAGGCCGUGGCCAUGGGGAAGAUGGAUGAAAACCAGUUUGUGGCAGUCACAUCUACCAACGCUGCUAAAAUCUUCAACCUAUACCCACGCAAAGGCCGGAUAGCAGUGGGCUCUGAUGCUGACAUUGUUAUCUGGGACCCUAACAGCGUCAAAACCAUCAGUGCCAAAAACCAGCAGUCGGCUUCAGAAUACAACAUCUUUGAGGGUCUGGAGUGCCGUGGGGGUCCAGUGCUGGUGUUGAGUCAAGGUCAGGUGGUUUAUGAGGAAGGCAAGCUGCAGGUUCAGCAGGGUACCGGUCGAUUUAUUCCCCGCAAGCACUUCCCAGACCACGCUUACCAGCGUGUUAUGUUCAGGAACCAGAUGAAGGGAAAGGAGGCCGUUACUCGUGGGAUGUAUGACGGCCCUGUGUAUGAUGUGGUCCCAACCCCCAAAUAUAUUACUCCUGCUCCAUCGGCCAAAAGUUCACCCACCUCUCACCAACCACCACCAAUACGCAAUCUUCACCAGUCCAACUUCAGCCUGUCAGGGGCACAGACUGAUGACAAUGUCCCUCGUCGGUCUGGCCACCGCAUUGUAGGACCCCCCGGUGGUCGCUCCAACAUCACCAGCCUUGGCUGAACACCUGUCUUUGCACAAAGUGUGGUUGUGGGACUUCACCUCUUGAGUGUGUGUGAGUGUAUGUGUAUGACUGAGAGUGCGAGCACACUGGCAUGAAUGAAUACCUUUGUAUUUUUUUAGUACAAUGGUGACAUGCUCUUUUGAUUUGUAUCAGUUUGCCUUGAGUCCAUGGUCACAGAGAUGAAGCACAUUAAUGCUUCCAGUUUUAGAAGAGUGUGAUUUACAAUCAACCAAGUCGUUCAGAAAUAUGAAAAACUCACAAUCGGGGCACUCACUCACACACAUAGAUCUGGUGUUGGACCCCCUCCAAGCACCCAAAUGUGACUUCAGUGUUAUGUCAUAAUGUUAUCUCCUUUACCGUGAGCAUGACUUCCUCCUUAUUCUUCCUCAAAUUCCACGUCUUACUGUGUGGGUCUGCUCAGACAUGGUGCUCCUUUCCACCCAUCUGGUGGACAGCUGAAGAAAUAACAGAUUUCUCCUGCAUCUGUUUUUCAACAUCUUCGCAAUAUUUGUUUCAAUGUGGCUCAAGUGGAUCAGUUAUACAUAUUGCAUGAACACGUCUUUAGAUGUUGCACUACUUGUGGUUUAUUGUUACAAUUGAGGAACACUUAUAAUUGUACUCAAGGCACAGCUGUAUUCAACAACACAAACAUAUUCUUAUACUGGUAAAUAUAUGCUUUGAACACAAAAUGACAUACACUGUGGAUAGAGCCAGCUGUUACUAGGUUCAAAACACAUUAAUUCAUUUUAACAUUACUGUGAACUUCAAUAAAAGCAAUGCAACUUCCUCUCCACCAUCAGAUACUAUUAUGCAAAUGUGUCAAUACUCUAUAAAGUGUGAAAGUAGAUGAAACAAAUACAAAAACAGCUGCUGAAAAGGGAUGCAAAAUGAAUUUCUAGAUGGUUGUACAUCCAGAAUAGAGUUUCACAGUAAAGACUUUAUGAUGUGUUUGAUAGUUUUUUCUGCCAAUCGCUCAUGCCAGAAAUAGAUCUUUGUUGUAAUGACAUGCUCAACUCACUGCUGUAAAAGGGCUUCAGCUCCCACCCCUGCUGUUUGAAACUUCACUAAGAAUCUUUUUAAGCUGUUUUUAUUUCAUUUUAUUGAUUCUGGAUGUUUUCUUGGUAGAUUUAGUGUUUCUAUACCGCUCUGUUUUGUUGCUGUUGUCUGGUGUCUCCAAUGGAACCACUAAUGAUCAAUAAAGACUUGACUGUUGCAAAAUA